GUCACUUUCGUUCGGAAAAUGUAAACAAUAGCAAAGCCUGUGAAGUUGUUUCAUGUUUGGCCAGUUUUAUUUUAUAUUUUAUCUAUGUAUGAAGUGUGAAAAAUGUCUCUGUUAACCGGAUUGAGUGCUUUCGAGGUCAUAGUAAAUGCAUGCAAAAUAUGCGAAGAACGCUACGAAACGAUGGGAUCGAUCAUCUGCCCCCAAACGGAUACGAAAAUGUUGGAAAAAAUUUACAAAAGCACUAACGUUCGUGUGCAACCACGUAUGGGAAUAAUUUCACCCGUGUGUGAAUAUUGUCGCAGUCGAAUCGACGAGUACGAUGAACAAUUUAAGCCGUACAUGAAGGAAUAUUACCUCGAAAGUGUGGAGGGCGAUAAUGUAUUGGGAGAUGAAUCUAUCGAUCCGCUAGCAGCCGUGAAUGAGAAUGAAAUGCCAAGCGCUAAUGAUACAGAAGAAAUCAACCUUGUUUCGGAUGAUGUAGAUGCAUUUACAGAUACCGACUCCGAUUGCGGCAGUAACACUCAGCGGGAAGGUAGUCCUAGCGUAAAAAAAGCUGAAUGCUGGGGAAAGAUGGCCGUGUUGAGAAAGCCAACGGAGUGCACUAUCUGCGGCAAGCAGGUAAAGUCCAUGUCGGAUCAUAUGAAAAUUCACCGACCCGAUAAGAAGUACAAAUGCACGCUCUGUGAUAAAUCUUUUGCGCAAAGCAACAAUUUGACCUACCACAUUCGACGACAUACAGGCGAAAAACCGUAUCGGUGCGAAAUAUGUGACAAAAAAUUCAUCAGCAACGCGCACCUUCUGUCGCACUCGAAAUUUCAUAACGAUGAGAAGAUGUUUCAGUGUGAAAUUUGUUGUAAGCGAUUUAAUCAUAUAGGAAACUUAAAUAAGCAUCGGCGAGUGCACUCGGGCGAGAAACCGUACGGUUGCAUAUAUUGCGACAUGACGUUCAAUAAUAUUUCUAACAAAAAGUUGCACGAAAAACGGCAUCGGGACGAGCGGAACUUUGUUUGUGAGAUUUGCUCAAAAGGUUUUCUAGAUGCACAUCAUCUCGAGCGUCAUCAAACAGUCCAUCGAAAAAGUGGGAAUUGUGCAAAUGAAUAGUUAGUGCAGGCAUGUAUUUUACCGAGUUCUGUUCGUAUUUAAAACUGCAAACAGUUUAAAGACUGAGAUUUGCAAUGUUUAUAUAGGAAAAAGGUUCAGUUAAAUAGCAAUUACGUUUAAUAGCAAUUUUAAUAGCAAUAAACAUAGUAGAGUAGGUUGAGUAUUUUAAAACUUUAAC